AAUUUUAAUUAAACCCCUAGUCUUACUCUGUUUUGCCAAUUUGAUGGAUCCGCUUCCAAUUCCAAAUUUCCAAUUCCAAAUGUACGCAUCUUCUGAGCACGCGCAGUACAAACAUGGCGAGAAAGGCGCCAUGUUUGUUUUUAAAAAGAUUGCUUGCUGUUUGCGUUAUAACUGAGCCAGUUACUGGAGCAAUGGCUGCAGAAAGAAGUGUGCAUUCUGCAGGAAUCGCAGAGGUUCAUCAGGUACCUAUAAAUGUGAUUAAUAGACCCAUACCGCCUGUACUCGAGGAAGAGAAAGUGAAGUCACUUAUGAAAACAAUUGAGGAUAAGGAUUCAAGACAUUCAGUACCGCCGAUUGAUGUGUUGUGGAUCAAAGGAAGGCUGGGAGGUGAUUAUUUCUACUCAUUUGGUGGUUGUCAUAGAUAUGAAGCUUAUAAAAGACUCAGCAAGGAAACUGUUCCUUGCAAACUGAUUCAAUCAACAGUUGAGAACCUCAAGGUUUAUUUAGGAUCAGCUGUACCUGACCUUAAAUGAUCAUUUGCUGGCAAAGACUACUGUAAGUAGGUAGAGUAGUUAAGUUUAUAAAAAUAAUGCUAUUGUAUGCAAAUGUGAGUUGUUAUUAUCCUGAAGGAUAUCAUUGUAUUUUAUAAAAUAAAUCAUACUUAUAUUACUGAAAUAGACCAGUAAUAAUUUUACAAGACUUUUUAAUAAACAAUCAGUUUUACAAUA